AUGGACCGAGCAGUUACCCCGCUCUUAGAUAAGGAGAAACAGUAUAGGUAAUGCUUCUUGAUGUCUCAUACACUUCCAUGCUUCCCUUAUCGUCAACUGGUGCACUUAUGAAUUUAUAUAUUUUACGAUCGUGCAUCUUUACGGCGUUUUAUUAUUAUGGGCAAAUUAUAAUUGAGGGAUUCCUCACACUUCUAUCUUAAUGCAACUUCCUUCGUACAGUUCAAAUUCCCUGCGUGUUUACGGUCGCCUAGUAUACCAUUGAGAAGAUCUUCUCCAUCGAUGGAUCGUUUUGGCAAGUGGUCGCAACUAAUAUAUUUCCCGAAUGAAGGCGAAAUUUCGAGUUCCAGGUGUAUGCAUAAGUGAAGAAGAAGGGUCAAGACAAUAACCAAAGUGUUCCGGUGCUCGACUUUUCUUCUUCAAUUUAUUUCCCUAUUAGGGUUCUGCCAUUAUCUGCAUGGCUUAGAGUUCGUUCUGUAGUCGAUUUACACAAGCAUUUCAUGCGGACUGAUGGCGUUUUUAGAUAGUGUAUUCUGUAACGCAGAGGAUCGUGACUUAUAUGGCCUUCUAGUGGCGUUCCUUCUCAUUUGUUCAGCAGUCUUUGUGCUACAAGUCAUCCGCGUUGCAAAAACUCUUCCACUUAAGAUUGACGAUGGGCGGACUGUCAUGCAGAGUUUAGAUUACCUACGUGCCAGACAGGAAGUUCACACUCGCUUUCGCCUCACUGUAGAACUCGACUUAGUUAUCAGAGUCGGUUGUGUCCGCCUGAUUGCGUGCCUGAAGAUUGUACCGCAGACUUCGGAAAGUUGAGGGUAACUAUACUUGACUAAAACCUCCAGGGCGGUCGAUAUUCUCAAAACGUAUGGACGGUUAGUGCAUUUAUGUGGUAAACCUUCGGCAUACUCGGCCAAGUCCUCUUGAUGGUCCGUUCCUGGUUUACACUUUCUCGAUUUAUUUUUAUGGCAACAGGCCUCAAAAUCUUGUCUACGAAAGAGCUGGCAAUCAUCGCAUGAUUGCAAUCGAACUCAGUUUCCCGAACAUAUCGGUCAUAACCUAACGUAACACCAGUAUCCUCCGUAACACAAUUUAAAGUACCCAAUCCACACUUUAGAUAUCUUUUGGAAAACUGCCCUUACCAGGUGGUUUGUCGCUCCUUUGUUUCUUUAUCCGAGGAAGAAUUAACGUAGCCAGAGGACCAUAACUGCAGCUGCUUUAGGGGGUCGGGAAUUCCGCAAAUUGGGUCCUCUGUCGGAUUCAGGAAUUGUGAAUUGUAAAUUUUCCAUUUGAUUUUUUCAGCGACACUGAAACCCUAUCUUAUCACCGAUGGCUAGAAAGAAGAAAGUUACCGAGGCUGGCUUAUCAAAAUUUCGUGCAGACACCUCUUUUCGCCGUUGACUGAAGCGCGUUUUCACUAUGGACAUAACUGCACCAUUUUCGUAGCGGGCGUACAGUCUUAUGAAAGUUACCUGCAAACAAUGUCGUUCUGAAAAUAAAUACCUUUGGCCAGUUCGCUAGUUGGAUCGAUACCCCGUAUACCCACCCACUGUGACUAUACCCAAGAAACAUAACCGGUCAAAUGCGUGUUUUAGUUCGAAUCAGUUGCCUUUGACCAUCUACUCCUGUCAGAUGUCUGUUGUUUGUGACUGUCGACAGAAGCGGUUGGACAAAAUCGUGCAAGAUUUCUCGACAGUAGUAAGAUACUUGAAACCCAGCGCAUAAUGCGUCAUAGGGCGUUCCCUUUCUAAUACACGUAAUUUCAGUUCUAACCAAACCACCGCGGAAGUAUAGUCAGGGACAUCCUCUUUCUGUGUCGAGGCAUGUUGCCGCCAAAGACAGGCAGACUAAAUUGGCCAUAUUGGAUUCUCUUUUGUAAUCAGCUAACCAUAGAAAAACCAUUGCCGGGAGGAGUCAGGGCAAAAAAUAAACACCCGUUGCCGUAUUAGGUAUACUGGUGAGCACAAUGUCUACAUGCCUUUAAAGCAACUCAAAGACAGCUUCAGAAGUGUUAAUAGGCCUCUGGACUUCUUACGAGAACCUAGACUCAUGGUCUAAUAUUUAUUUUUUUUUCACGGAAAUUGGUAUUGACAGCAGUCAGCAGAUCUUCCGUUGUAUUCGGCGAACACCACAAUUGUCAUCAGUCUUGCUCUUCUAUAUCCUUUCAGUCAUGAGUGCAAAUACUUGUCCACGACCUUUUGAGCUUUGUACACUUAUGCAAGCAUUGGAACACGCCCGCAAGCUUCAGUGUCAGCAGCUGAGGAAACUAAUAUGAGCAUGCUUUCAUCACAUAUAUGCGUGCCAUCGUGAGCUUUACAAGCAUUAGUACCUUAGUUGUCCAUAUGCUGACUACGUCUCCAGCCGCAAGCCUUCCAAGCCAUGUGUCCUACGAUCUUUAUGCUGGUUCAAAAGUCAACCUUGCGGUUGAUGUGGUCGUAGGUAGGCUCGCGUCCACAGUGUUCCGAAAACUCAGCUCUUUAAAUCAACCUUAUAUCUACCUUGAUUUACACAACUGACCGCUCAUUUUCAUCUUACGGGGUAAGUUUUCCACAGAAUACAGUUCUUCUGCAGUUGCCGUCGUCCUCGUGAUGCCAUUGGCAGGCGGAAGUCAGGCUAAUGUAGUUAGGUUCAUGAGAACUUUUAUCACCAACGAUACCACCACUGAACACUGAGUACCAGAAUACGGGCAGGGACCGCGUGAUUGCACUUCGCUCACAGGAUGUGGGACACAGCAAUGCAACACACCCGACCCCAUGAUGGAUCGUCAGGGUCGUCAUAAAACGAUCUCCAGGAACAUCAACAAUCGCCUUUUAUACUUCCCCACUCAUGAAAUCUUGCCUCCCCUUUACUUGUUUUACUGUUCCAGGACGACCGUUUAUUUGUAUUCUGACACCGUAAUUUAAGGCCUGCACAGUUUUCUUAGGCCAAAUUACCCGACUCUCGUAUACCGACAUGUAUUGUUCUUCUGACCGGUUUAGACAUCACUAUGCUUCUGACUCUGUCAUGAUAGCCUCGGUGUCGUACCUUGUGACGACCGUACCUUUUACGCAUGAAAUAAGUUUUUUUUUCAUGCACGAACUUAUGCCGACAGCCUUCUAUGUGAUUCGUUCUUUAUUCCUCUUAGGAGUCUGAAUGAAGAACUGAAACAAAAAUCAGACCGACUGAUUAGAGAAGCUAAUGAAAUCAUCGUGUGUUGCUGCACCUGGCUGUUUUCUUACCCUUUAUGUUUUCAUAGAAUUCAGCCAAGCUAAAUGUUGAGGUUCCAGUAAGUGCAAAGCCCGCUCAGCAUCCACCGGAACUUCCCCAACAAGCAAUAAAAUUGCAGGAUUCGGUAGGUGACCCAUUCUAUAAAAACCCUCAGGACUUUAAGAAACGUAAGUCUGCGCCCUUAUCAGGUCGUUCGACCCUUUUAAACUCCGUUACAGUCACUGGCUAUAGUGAAAAUGCCCUGCCCUACAUAAUGUUUGGCUAUUUAACACAUUCUCCAAUGACGAGACACUCGGCGGUUUAUUUUAAUUAACCUAGCUAGUGACCUACUAGUUAACAAUGGGCAUUCUGUGCAACUAUCAGCGAAUUGCAUCAUCGUUCAUUGACCUCUGUCUGGCAUCAAUCUAUUCUUGUCGGGGCCCUAACUAAAAACUGGUUAGCGGCAAACGACUCCUGCUAAUUAGGAGGCAACCUGUACAGGCAAUAAACUAAUUGAUAUCACAGGAAUAAUUGCGAGCCCCAUGCAUCCUUAAUCAUUUUCGUCGUUACUUUGACACAAAAUCCUCACACCUCUUCUCAUUUUUUUUCGUUGCAGUUGGAUAGCGAAUGUAAUGGGGAUAAUGCUGCCGCUUCCGCCGCCACCGAGGCGGAGGAGGAAGAGGCCGUACUGGGGCCUGUGAGGAAGUUGGGCACGCAGGCGAAAACACGUUACUUGGUUGCAAAAGCCCGUGCUUUGGAGGAGGACAAUGAAAAACUUCAUGCCGAGUUGAAAAACGCGGUGAGCGACAGUUAACUGCGACUGACUUUGGUCCCAUUUGGUUACUGUGGAACGAAAUUAGUAGUUUGCCGACUUUUCUGGUCUUUUAGGACUGUUUUUCUAUAACAGUAUGCAACCACAUUUUGAGUAGUGUGCCAGAUCCAGCCGCUUGAGAGACUUCGGACUCCCUUCAUUUGCGCAUUUUCUGUGAAUACUUGUGGCUAGGUUUACUUACCCCUUCCGGAUAGUUGUGCAUGUCACUUACACAGUCUCCUAACCAUCGAAAAGCGCCUGAUCUGGGACGUUUUUAAGUCAGUACAUUUAUUUAUAUUCUGACUGCAACAUGGUUAUCAGAGGUUUCUCCAGUGUAACUGAUGCCUCUUUAAAGUUAAGCUGUUUCCCCAAUGGGUCCCACAGUCAUCCCAACAAGUUUUCACUAUUGUUCUGUGCUAAAUUUGAACGGUUAGGUCCGUCAACUUCCUUCCACCAAUUUCUUUGAUUAAGUGACCUCACUUGUUUGCCAUUUCCAUGCAGGAUCGCGACAUCUUGGGGUAUCCAGUUUACAGUAGUUUCGGCUUCUGAGGUCUUUUGCCAGAUUGGACUUCCUCCUCCUCCUCCUCCUCCUCCUCCUCCUCCUCAAAGAACACUAUAUAAUGCCCCCUACUUCCAGUAUUGUAAUCUCACCCUGGCCUCGUAUCUUUACAGAUUAGGUGAAGAAAUGUGUGGGUGCUGCCGAAAUGGAUCGGAGGAGACUUUAAUUCUGAUGAUCCUUAAAUGAGCAAGUAGAAUGUCAAGUGAACCCUGACUGAAAAAAUUAUAAUGGUUUCUCGCGACGAUUGACAUUGGGACUAGUUAGACCAGCUUUGUUGAUUGUUUCUGUUAUUCUGAGCUGGCAGAUUUGUCACGGUGCGCUGAAAGCCGCAGUUUAGAAGGCAGCCAACUGGCGGGAUGACAUGGUCCUCCUUUCCGGAUGGAAGAGUCGGGCUACAAUGACACCACUUUAACGUAACCGUUAUGAUACUCCCACUUGGUUGCGAUCGGAGCCGCCCUCGUUCGUGUGGAAUCCUGAUCUAUCGUGCGCGAAGCGUGGUGUGGUGACACACCUAGAUACGGGUUCACACCGCGCCACCCACCGGCGCCCGCCCCGUCUUCCGAUCGUCUUGACUUUUUCAUGACACCUGGAUAAGGAGGGUGAGGAGGAGAGAGCGCACUGGAUGCAGCCCAAGUCAACAAUCACUAUAAACUAAUUCAUGCACAAGUCGCCGUCCCCUGCUGUUUGGCACACGGUGGUUUUCAUCGGAAUCGACGGCCAGACUGUCGGGUUGUGGUUAGCCUGGCUGUUUUAAGAAGCGAGACCUCACCUCACAUUCACCUCUAAACGGCCGUUAGAUCAUGGGACCAGGUGGCUGAUGUCAAGAAUUACGUUAGUCUUCACAAGAAGCCCACAAGAAUCUUCACAAGAAUCUUCACAAGAAGCUUCACAAGAAUCGGCAGAUAUUAUGUCGUAAUCAUCCCCAACACCACCACCACCAUCUGGUUCAUUACCACCACCGAUAGUAAUAUGGACAUCGUUACCGCAACCACUGUUUUCGCCCACCGAUAUCUCCAUAUCGAUUUCUAAGCUGCUCCUCAUUGUUGUUUUUGAAAGACUGAUGAGAUAACUCGGUUGACGGCACGCCUUCAAGAGAUCGAAACCGAUCGUACCAAGUUGCAGCGUCUCGCUGGUAGUCAAGGUACUCAGUUGGAUCGCUUGAAGACGGAUCUUGAGGAGGCCCGCAACCGUGCCGACAGUCUUACAAACGAGAAGAAUGCAUUGGAGCGUCAAGUGGAGACGCUGAAGCGAGCCAGCGACCAGCAAACAUCUUCACAGAAGACCGUAGGCAUCCGGCUGAAUCGGGCUCUCGAGGAAGUUGAGAAACAUCGCGGCGAAGCUGAGCGCGCCCGAACGGCAGCCCGCGACUCAAUGGAGGCCUCAAAGCGACAGAUUGACCAACUAACCACCGAUAACCGUCGCCUAGAACGUCAGAAGCAGGAGCUUAUUGUGGGCUUCAAGAAGCAGAUGCGCCUCAUUGAUGUUCUACGAAGACAAAAGGUAGCGUUUUUGUGACAGUUACCAAUACCCGGCGCAUAUUCAGUUUUCAUGAAGAGUUUCAUGCAUUAUAUAGUUCUUGCAGUUCGAAGUAGAAGGCUCAAAAUCUGUGCUUCUUAAUUAAUCCGGGUUUCAUAGUAAAAACAUCCUGGCAUCUUUGGAAAACCGACGAGGAACGAAUAUGGCAAUGUUACUGUCUCAGUAGAAGGUACAUUCCCCAGCGUUCCUUGCCCAAAAUCUAGCACUUUUUGAAAUUGCGGAAGGCCAUUGAACUUCGGCCGCUAGCCCCGAGCACUCAUCGAGAAAAAUGAAUUAGAAGAUUCAUUUCGUGGUAGCAAUGUCAUUUCAUGUCCCUGGUUAGAGUUUAACUCUACCAGGGCCACUAGGGAAACUUAGACGAUCUCACUUAGUCAGAAGCCCUGUUUUCAUUGCACGUGUGUAGUCGUUAUUUCGGCCUAUUGCAUCGUUUCUGUAAACGAUGUAAGUCAGCUCUUUUCUUGUACAAUAGCAGGCUUAUCUCAUGAAGUGUUAGUCGAAAUUCCGAAAUGUGUUUUCGAUUAGAAAGGAUUACUUAGGUGAGGUUGUAUGAUUGAUUAUCGUGAGGCGUAAACGCAAGAUAUUUCGAGUUGGGCAGAAUACCAACUUUUGAACAAGCUUCUCCCCGGCCGCCGGGAAGAGCUGUACUCGGUAAGAAAAUGACUGCUUCGUUAGUAUGAAUUUUUUCCAUUGAUAUCUUAAUGGCGUAAACAAAUGUGCUAUUUGCCUUACACAGAAAGUAUAAGCCAUGUAGUUUAGAAACCCCAAGUGCAAGUGCAACUGUAGAUCGUAGUCAAGGUUAUUUGAGAAUUGGAUAGGUUUUCUAAAACCGAAAAAGCGUAAUUCGCUACCAAAUGAGUGCAAUAAAGAAUGUUUUUGGGCACUUUCCCAUAAAAUACGUUCGAAUUUGUAAGGGCGUCGAAUAUACAUACGAGAAAGUCAUACUGCAUCAGUAUUCAUUUUUAUAGGAAGUAGUUUGUACAGAUUCCCGAAGAGGAGCUCAUUGUAAGGUCUGCCUCCUGUCGUGACCAGCGUUAAAACGCUACCUAAGCGUUUCAAAAUCUCGGUGAACAUUUUAUGGGAUAGACCAACUAUUGUAUAUGCAUCCGACGUGGAUAGGACCGCGCUGACUAGGCAGUUUGUUUAAUAUGCCCCUGGAACGUUGGGCUCCUUGUUUGAAAGGACUGACUUUUUACAAAGCUUUUUCUCGUUUUUUUUGUUGCGCAGAUGCUUGCUGAGGCCUCUCGAGCCCUGAAGAUCACAGAGGAAGAGUUUUUGAAAUCACUCGACUGGCAGACCAAAUAG